ACGUAUUUAUGCAAUUUCACACAUACAAAGGGACUUAUCAAUGUGUGUGUGGCGCCUGAACCAGCGACGCGUGGUUUCCUCGGAAUUCCUCACACACAUUGACUAAGAUAACUUUAUUAAUGUGUGCGUUGGGCAUUUUUGCGUCCGCACAGGUCUCAACGUGCUCGUCUGACCGCCAUUUUCAUUGAACCUUCCCUGUCCCCCGCGCAAAGUUGAAUCAAGGCGAUACAGGGGGUUUUACUAGUAACUUGGGAGCUUAGUAUGUUUGUUUAACGUGUGUGCUUCGGAAAUCCCGCUAGCUUGGGUUUUUAGCGGAGGAAACGGUUGCAGGAAUUCUCAAAUUGGGUUAACUUGAUCGGAUAAAGCAAUGGUUAUUUUGCUGGAUUUGUAAUUAGACGAUGCUGAAAGACGUAGCUUCCCUGAUCAUCAAGCACACGGCGCCCUCCCGCCGCCACCUCACCCCUGAGCUGGUCCUCCGCUUGGUGACACCCUCCUGCCCUCUCUGGACUGCUAAGGAAGACCAGGUGCCCUUCAAAGACCCGUUCUGGGCGUUCUAUUGGCCAGGGGGGCAGGCUACUGCUAGGUACAUUUUAGACAAUGAAGAAAUCAUAAAAAAUAAAAGAGUACUAGACAUUGGCUGUGGAUGUGGAGCUGGAUCAAUAGCGGCGGCAAAAAUGCAAGCAAAGCGAGUUGUUGGAAACGAUAUUGAUCUUUAUGCAGUCAUAGCUACAAAAAUAAAUUCACAAUUAAAUAAUGUUGCCAUAGAAACGAGUACAGAUAAUUUUAUUGGCGCGAAAUGCGAAGAAUUUGAUACAAUUUUGAUUGGAGACAUGUUCUAUGACGAAGAAUUUGCUAAUAUUUUGUUCGAAUGGCUGAUAAGUUUGACUGCAAGUGGUUUUAAUAGGAGACCCAGGUCGCCACGGGCUGACAAAGAAGAGGCGUCAGCAUAUCACUCUGUUAGCGAAGUAUCGUCUACCAGAAGAGAGCUGCAUGGAAAACUAUGGGUUCACAGAGACUGCGCUGUGGAAACUUAAUUAAAUAAAGACUCCAAUGGUUUUUUA